AUGCGCUCAUUUUUUUUAGCUUUGUUUUUACUCUUUAUUUUGCAUGCCUGCGAUGCCGAUGUCGAGGGUCCCUGUGAAGGUACCGUAUACAAAUUUUCUAACAAUCUUGAUGGCAGUUUCUUUGCCUUUGCUAAUUGGACUAACCAUCAACUAAAAAUAACAGAUGUGACUAUUACUGUAUCCUUUGCUGAUACAGAAAAUAAAAGAAAGCCAGACGGAACGCUGAUUCUUAACAAUAAUUUGGCACGAAAUAUAACGUUAUUCAAUGAUGUAGACAAAGAUAGUUAUACAUUCGUGAAAUUCAUCGAACUAAUUCGAUCUGACAGAAUUAAAUUUGAUCACAAGACACUUUAUUACAGGAAUGAUGAACCUUCCCGAAAAAACUUUGAUAAAUCAAAGCCAUGUGAUAUAGUUGAAGAUAAAGUUCAAGACAUGGUAACUGCUGGGAAUAUAUGUAAUUGGGAGAGCAAUCUACUUGAGCAAUAUGAACUUCCCGGCGAUUAUGUAGUGUUUGCGCAAGUGUUCUAUGCUCCGAAAGAGUGUAAUGCAUUUAGUUGCCACAUGAACAUGAAAAAUAAGUAUCAUUGUGGUAUAUCAUAUCCCGUGUCUAUUGAUAAUUAUUAA